UCGGCCACGUUGCCAGUCUACUUGGUGUUCUUUCCUUCCUAUCAACCAAGCUUGUUGAAUCUGUCUCAGAAUUUGGGGGCAGCGUCCUAGAUGGGACACUCAGGAAACAGUGUUUAAACCUCCAGAUCCUUCUGACAUUAGAACCGGUUGUUCCAUCGCCGGGAAAAAACACACAUGCAGAUGUUGGAUCAUGUCAAAACUCUUGUCAAGAGUGUGGAUUGUCUCACACAGGACGGAGAUGUGGCUUCUGAUUGUGGUGGCAUAUUUGUUCCAAAGAAAUGUGAAUUCGGGAGGUAUGCCGACUAAAGCAGCGGACCCAGAAGCAUUCAUGAAUAUUAGUGAAAUCAUCCAACAUCAAGGCUAUCCCUGGGAAGAGUAUGAAGUUGUGACAGAAGAUGGGUAUAUCCUUUCUGUUAACAGAAUUCCUCAAGGCCUAACGAAACUUAAGAAGACAGGUUCCAAGCCUGUGGUGUUCCUGCAGCAUGGCCUGCUUGGAGACGCCAGCAACUGGAUUUCCAACCUUCCCAACAACAGCCUGGGCUUCAUUCUGGCCGAUGCUGGUUUUGACGUGUGGCUGGGGAACAGCCGGGGAAACACCUGGUCUCGGAAACACAAGACCCUCUCCAUUGACCAAGAUGAGUUCUGGGCUUUCAGUUAUGAUGAGAUGGCUAGGUUUGACCUUCCUGCAGUCAUAAACUUUAUUUUGCAGAAAACCGGCCAGGAAAAGAUCUAUUAUGUCGGCUAUUCACAGGGCACUACCAUGGGCUUUAUUGCUUUUUCCACCAUGCCAGAACUGGCUCAGAAAAUCAAAAUGUAUUUUGCUUUAGCACCCAUAGCCACUGUCAAACACGCCAAAAGUCCUGGCACCAAAUUUUUGCUGCUGCCGGAUAUGAUGAUCAAGGGGCUGUUUGGCAAAAAAGAAUUUCUGUACCAGACCAGAUUCUUCAGACAGUUUGUUAUUUACCUGUGUGGUCAGAUGAUUAUUGAUCAGAUUUGUAGCAACGUCAUGUUACUUCUGGGAGGAUUUAACGCCAACAAUAUGAACAUGAGCCGAGCAAACGUGUAUGUGGCGCAUACGCCCGCCGGGACGUCUGUGCAAAAUAUCCUACACUGGAGCCAGGCAGUGAACUCUGGGGAACUCCGGGCGUUUGACUGGGGGAGCGAGACCAAAAAUCUGGAGAAAGGCAAUCAGCCAACUCCUGUAAGGUACAAAGUUAGAGACAUGACGGUCCCCACGGCGAUGUGGACGGGGGGUCAGGACUGGCUUUCAAACCCAGAGGAUGUGAAGACACUGCUGGCCGAGGUGACCAAUCUCAUCUACCAUAAGAACAUUCCUGAAUGGGCACAUGUGGACUUCAUCUGGGGCUUGGACGCUCCUCACCGUGUGUACAAUGAAAUCAUACACCUGAUGAAGCAGGAAGAAACCAGCUUUUCCCAGGGAGUGUGUGGCAUCCGAUUGUGAAACCGUGGACACUGACAAGUCUCAGAAAAGCCUCGGGGAAGAGGGAACCCUUAAAUGGAGGAUUUUAAGGAUUUCCAGAAUUGAAAACCCACCAUAUGAGUAGGGGGGUGGAGAAGGGACGACAGAGAUAUAGUGCAUAGUCCUUGAGAUUUCCUGUAUUUGACACUAAAACUGACAUUUAAAUUUUUAUCAGCUAAUUAAAAUAUUGAUUGGGUGAACAUAGGUUUCAUGUGUCAUAUUCUACCAUCCUGAAGGGUAAAUUUUACCUGACCGCUAGAGGUUAUCCAGGAUUCCCUAUGUCAUUCAGAGAGAGCCCCUUAAAAUGUUAAUUUUCUUCUAUAAGCCAUCUAUUUGGACCAGUCAAGUAAAAUGACUGAUUGGGACAGAGACAGAGGGACGGAGAGAGGACAAUAUGGAUGAAAUACAUUUAAAGGGCCAGGGUUUUAUAGUUAAGUCUCAGAGGAAAUAAUUUUGUGAGGAAUUUAAUGAGUUUUCCGUAAGCACGUUACGCACUCCAUGAAGCACGUAUUCGUAUUUCAGUACCUAGCAUCUAGCCCAGCUCAUUUGAGAGUUCAUUGACUGACGCUAGAAGACCUAAUGUCCACAAAUGUCUGCCCCGGUUUUCUGCCUUCAAAAACGAAAAACUAGGAAGAAAGUAUUAGAAUGUCAUGAGCAUAGAGACAGCAAACCGUCGCAUAUUUUAUUCUUUGAUCUUGAUAACUGCCCAGAGUCAGUCACAAAUAGAAGAAAAUGCUCAAUUUUCACACCGUCUCAAAGAUGACAGUUACGGUCACACAUGAGUGAUAGCGUAAUUUUGCAAACCAAAUUGAAGGUACACAGGUGCGUGUGGAAGGUACACUGGUGUGUGAAGUUCAUUUGUUGAUUCCGUCCCCCAGAGCCACCUGCUAACUCGAUUCGGUGCCAUGUAUCUAAAAUAAUUUCAGAGACACGUAGGGGCUUCUGAAUCUGUAUCUACACACUACUAUUUCCUUCACAAAACAUACACCUUAAGGCUCUGUACAUAGCCCAAUAAAUAUUCCGGAUUUGAUUUUCAUUAGCCCUUUGUUCUGUUCAAGGAUGGUAAAUCUUUUCUUCUUAGACUGUUCAUUUGUGACCUCAUAUAGUGUGUGAUAUGUCUACACUUCAGUCCAUGUCUAAAGAUAUUAAUGAUUCAGUCCUGCUUGGCAAAAUUUGAUCAUUUUCAAAAUGUGUUUAUUUCUACUCUGUGUCAUUGACACAGGACUUGAGAAAUGUAUUUUGAUAUUCACUAUCUCCCUCCUGGAAGUAUAAUGCAGAUACCAUCUUUUCCUCUUGCUCUAUUUAUUGUAAAGAAAUCCUUCGUCCCACGUUAAUAAUAAUAUUUUGAAUUGUAUCAAUGAAAAUAAACAGAAAGAACAACCUUA